AUUUUAUAUGUUUUGGAAAGAACGAUAAGUGCAAGGCAUUCCAUCAAAAAAGGAUCCAGUGUAGCCAAGUUCAUGCUACCGGAAACCAACGCAACUACAUAGCCAUUUUUCUUAUUCAGAUAGUAAGUUAGAAUAAUUAGACUUGGGAUAUCUCGUGAAUGAUUUCUUGAUGUUUAGUAAUUCUUUAUCCUUAAAAAGCAAAAAAUAUUUCUUUAGGAGGUGGGGUUUCUAGAGAAAUAUGACCGGCUAUACAUUUGAUGAAUAUAUCGCGAAGUUAUUAGUGGUAGAAGCCCAAAAGAAGAAUAAACUAAAUGAACGUGGGGAAUCGAGCUCUCAAGCCUCCAAUGCUCAAAAGCUACGGCCCAAUACAAAUUUUUUAAACAAUAUGAUGCGCAAUGUUCGAUCUCACAACAUGAACGUGGAAAAUAGAAGCGACGACGCUAAAGAGAGAUCCAGAAGAGCAGAAAAAGGAAAGCAACGGCGACGCGAGGUUUCGCCUUCUCCCAGCGGUCGAUUAAGUAGACGACGCGAUGUAUCACCUCCUCCCACACGAAAACGAUCGAAAAGUUGUGAGGAUGAAGAGAACCUUUCUUGUUCCCAAGAAAGGAGAGAAUCUGUUCAUGGAAAGCGUCAUGCUCGUCAUCGAGCUGUCCAUAAACCGAACUAGAUAUUCAUGAAAGGCUUGACUUGUUUACGGGAGAAUGGAUGGACGGGCUUUCAUGAGAUGAUGUGAUGUGUAAGUAAUUUUUCAUAUUGAAACAUACAUUCAAUGUUUCGCUUUAAAAACAAAGAGCAAAGACUACUUUGGCUCUGCAUUUACGGCUUUUAUUGUUUUCUAAUGGCUACAAAUACUAGGGAUCUGCAUUUUUCUAAUUUCGGGUUCAUAUUCACUUUUAUUUAUUAAUUGCCAAGUACAUUUCUGUGUUUAGGCUAAAAGAUAUCUGUAGUUCCCAAACGAAAAUAAGGCUAAAGAUGUUCAUACACUUUCACAUCCUCAACUUCCUUCUAGAUGAUUUUGGCGUUUGGAUUUGGGAAUUCUUUCAAGUUAACUAUUACAAGCUCAGUAAUUUAUUUGCUUUCUUUUCUUUUUUCGUUCCUUUCAACGCUACAAGUUAUAAAGUCACCGACGAAACUAGAUCAGGCAGUUCAAUGCUAACAAAAAAAAUGCUCAAAUGUUCGUUGAUAUGUA